AUGGUCACGCGCCACCGUGCGCGUAUGUGCCCCGGAAGGGGAGUGACAUUCCCCGCCUGUCUGGCCGGGAGGCCGUUCAAAGCGCAAGCGCCCUGCGUAAUUAAACCUCGCAGGGCUUUGUGGCCUUUUUCAACGGCGCUCUCCCGAAAGCUUCUGCUGCACUGGUGUGAGCCAAAUUUGGCUCGUAAGAAUGUGUUCGGUGGGGUGGGGUUUUCUCGGCAAGGUUGUAUUGGCAGCCGCGCGCCCAAGGAUGCGGCGUACGCGAUUUGCCCUUCUGGAGGCAUCUGCCCCACAUGUGUCUGA